GGAAAAGCGAUGCCACGGCGGAGGGAAGCCGGAUAAAAAGCGCGGCCUGUGCCUGUCCCUUCCCCACCUUCCCCCCGCUCGGGUUCGACUCGACCGGUCCACCGUUUUCACCCGCUCCGCUCCGUUUCCGUCGCUCCGAACGAAGGAGCCGCGCCACGCCCACGCCCACGCCCACGCGAGAGGGGCUGCGUCGCGGACGGUGACGGUUUUUGUGUCUCGGUGGCGCCGGGGUGUGGACGACCGACCGACCGGAGCGGAAGGCCGGAGAUGAUGGAGGAGGGGGCGCCCGAUCUGCGAGACCUCGUGCGCCUGCCGGAUGUUCUCGUGGUAUGCUCAUCUACUGGAUGGACAGAUGAAAAGCACAUGCUUUAUCUUCAAUUAUUGGAAGAAACAUUUGUGCGCCAAUUACAUGAAAGUGGUUGCAGUUUUAAGGGACUGUUCAAUCGCUCUCCAAGAUAUUGUAGGCGUAUGAUAUCAUCUAAGGAAAUUGUUAAAUACACUACAGCUGAUCAGCAGGGAUGUUGUGCCAUAGUUGAGGGUGACAAAGUCAAGUCCUGCAUAAAGGCUGAGAAUGUUGAGUCACCUUCCUGUUGUGGAAAUCAGCAAGAUGAAAAAGUUCGUUCCAUGGAAGAUAAUGCAUCAACCACUGAGCCUGUGGAAGAAGCCACUUCCCAUGCAAGGGCAGCAAGCCCAGGACAAGCUUCCACGUGCUAUGUUGGCAAACACAGACAUUCACCUUCCAGAAGCGCAGAGGGGUCGGAUCAGAAUUUUGAUGAGGAGACCCAAGGGACUGGAGAAUCAAGACCAGGAUGCAACCGAAAGCGACUGAAAUCUGCUGAUGGUACUAGGGAUCAUCAGGUGGUUCUGGUUGUGAAGGCAGAGGCCCAUCAGGUGGGCUGCCUUGAUGCGAGUGAUAAAAAUAGCAAUAACUGCACUGCAUCAUCAAAAGUGCAUGCUGGAUUACUUGAUGUUGAAGCUGGGCCUCCCUCUGGCAACUGCAAGGAUCAUGGACCAAAAGGAUAAUGCAAUGUCCACGGAGUGUUCUCUGGAGGUGACUAACACACUCACAUGGUAGUAACUGAAUCACACACAGAGAGAGUCAAGCAGUGCAAGUUUGUAAGAUUACCCUUUAUUCUGGUUUGGAAGUCAAAAUAGUUCGUUCAAUUUAGCCUAGAUUGAUUCGAGGCAGUUGAUGGUUUUGUUGUGUUUCUGAGUGACCCUGAUACGAAAAUAAAAUUUCCUUUUGUUCUGUGUUUGCUGCUGUAACCUGUAAAGUGCUUUCAUAUUUUCGCUAACUUUAUAUCUACAUUUUGCUUUA